AUGAAGAAGUUUGCCUCCACGCGCAGCCUCAACAAGAUCCUGCAGCAGUGCGACUCCUCGUCCCGCGAGUACGAGGAGAUCCAGGCCGUGGAGAAGAAGUGGCACCUCCACCUUGCCACCCCGCGAAGGCUGCUGGACAGGAAGGGCAAAACGAUGCCAUCUCUCUUCCUUGCAGCGCCACCACCCCCCAAGAGAGCCCCCAGCACCACCCUCACCCUGCGCUCUAAGUCCAUGACUGCCGAGCUGGAGGAGCUGGCCUCCAUGAGGAGAAGAAAAGGGGAGAAGCUGGAUGAGAUCCUGGCUGCCGCCGAGCCAGCACUGAGGGCGGACAUGGUGGAAGCGGACUCCAGGGCAGCCACCGUCAAGCAGCGGCCAACAAGCCGCAGGAUGACCCCCGCAGAGAUCAGUUCCCUGUUUGAGCGGCAGGGGAUGGCUGCCCACGCCGGGGUGCUGGCCGAGAAGCCUCACGUCUCGCUGCGCAAGGGCAUCCCUAGGACCAAGUCUGUAGGUGAAGACGAGAAGCUGGCUGCUUCCCUGCUGGAUGGGAAGUUUCCCCGCAGCACAUCCAUGCAAGACACGGUGCGGGAAGGCCACGGGAUCCCCCCACCGCCCCAGACAGCCCCACCGCCCCCUCCUUCUCCGUACUACUUCGACACUGGGCCCCCCCCCUCCUUCUCGCCUCCCCCUCCGCCGGGCAGGGCCUAUGACACCAUCCGCUCCAGCUUCAAACCCAGCCUGGAGGCCAAGCUCCACGGCCUCCCCCAGGUCAUCUCGGCGGCAGAGAUAUACGACCAAGCCAGGAGCUCCAUCCCUUACCCUGAGAGGCAGAAGAGGGCUCGUUCCAUGAUAAUCCUCCAGGAUUCCUCUCACCUCCCUGUGGAGCCCACGGAGAUCCCGCGGCCAGGCCCCUCAGCGACGCCUCCGGAGAAGCUGAAGAGGAAGGGGCGGAUGAUCGACAACCCCUACGCCAACAUGGGGCAGUUCAACGUCAGCCUCUUCGCCCCCACCAAGCCCCAGAGGAAGAAGAGUCCCCUGGUGAAGCAGCUGCAGGUGGAGGACGCUCAGGAGCGGGCGGCCCUGGCCAUCACGGGAGGUUUCUCCAGGGAGCCUUCUCCCACCCGCCGCGGGCACCGCCUGGGCACUGGCGGGGCCAUGGAGUAUCAGCACCACGCUGGCGUGGCCCCGGUGGAGGCUGCCGGCAUCCCCUUCACCGCCAUCGCCGGGGUGAUGAAGGACCGUGACCGGCGCCUGGACGAGCGGCGCAAAUCCACCGUCUUCCUCUCGGUGGGGGCCAUCGAGGGCACCCCCCCGAGCAGCGAGAUGCCCUCCCUGCAGCAGUCCAGGUCCAUCGACGAGCGCCUGCUGGGCAGCCGAGAUGUUCUCCUGCCUUCCCCUGUCUCAGCUUUAAAGCCAUUGAUCAGCGGCUCCUCCUCCUCCUCCACCUUCAUCCACCCGCUGACGGGGAAGCCCCUGGACCCCAACUCGCCCCUGGCACUUGCGCUGGCCGCAAGGGAACGGGCCCUGUCCAGCCAGGUCCCGUCCCGCUCGCCCACCCCCAUCCACAGCCCUGACUCAGACCGCGCCGCGCCCCUCUUCGUGGACAUCCAAACCAAAGAGCCGGAGCGGGUCGAGCUGGAGGCCUUGGUGUCUCCUGCCUACUCUCCUGGAGGCAAAGGUGUCAUCAUUGGGACAGACUCGGGGCCUUUGGCCCCAUCCAAGAGCCCCUGGGGAACCCCGUCCACCUUGAGGAAGGACACUGAGGCCCGUGUGGAGGCGACCGGCAAGGAGGAGAAGAAGCAGGAGGACAAGAAGUCCAUGAUCAUCAGCAUCGUGGACACCUCGCAGCAGAAGACCGCUGGCCUCAUCAUGGUUCACGCCACAAGCAACGGCCAAGAUGAGAUGGGCCUGGAGAUCAAAGAGGAGAAGCUCACGGUCCCCGAAGGUCACCUGGAGCCGGCCCAGGCAGCCCCAGCAGAGCCCCAGCCCAGCCCUGCGGGGAAGCCCCCGGUCAGCCCGGCCUCAGACAAGACCUUGGGCCAAGGGAGCUCAGAGGAAGAGGUGGAACCCUACACAGUGACCCUUCCACCCGCCCAGCUGUCUUCGAGCGACGAGGAGACCAGGGAGGAGCUGGCCAAAAUAGGGCUGGUGCCUCCGCCAGAUGAGUUCGCUAACGGGGUGCUGGUGACCGCCCCGGGCACCCCAGUGAGCCAGCUGGCACCGCCCGGUGUGCCACCCAUGCCAGCGGCAGGAGCACCUUCUCCCACUGGCGGAACAGCGACGCCCCCAGCAGCAACAACACCCUCAGGGAAGCCUUCUGAAGCCCCCGUCGGCCCCGAGUCUGCCGCGGAUUCGGGCGUGGAAGAGGUGGACACCAGGAGCUCGAGCGACCACCACCUGGAGACCACAAGCACCAUCUCGACAGUCUCCAGCAUGUCGACCCUGUCCUCGGAGAGCGGGGAGCCCACCGACACCUACACUUCCUUUGCGGAUGGACAAACUUUUAUACUCGAGAAGCCACCAGUGCCUCCAAAGCCCAAACUCAAGUCCCAGCUCAGCAAGGGGCCAGUUACUUUCAGGGACCCACUUUUGAAGCAGUCUUCGGACAGCGAGCUCAUCUCCCAGCAACACGCGGCCACGUUGGCGUCCGCCAGCAUCGGCCGGCCACGCUACCUCUUUCAGAGAAGGUCCAAGCUGUGGGGGGACCCCAUGGAGAGCAGCAGCAGCAGGCCAGUCCAUGGGGCUGACGACGACAAGCCAACUGUGAUCAGUGAGCUGAGCUCCCGGCUCCAGCAGCUCAACAAGGACAGCCGCUCGCUGGGCGAGGAACCCGCAGGCUCCACCCUGGACCCCGGGAAGAAGUCGCCGGUGGUCGCCGCACGACUUUUCAGUAGUUUAGGAGAGCUCAGCACCAUCUCCCAGCGCAGCUCCGCCACCACCUACACGGUCCGGCCCGGCAGCCGCUACCCGGUCACCCGCCGCACCCCCAGCCCCGUCAAGCCGCCUUUGGAGCGGGCAGAGCCCCUCAGCACCGUCCGGCCCUACGGCCUCACCCCUCCCACCAUCCUCAAAUCCUCCAGCCUCUCCAUCCCUCACGAACCCAAGGAGGUCCGCUUCGUGGUCAGGAGCGUGAGCGCCCGCAGCCGCUCCCCGUCCCCGUCCCCUUCCCCGGGGCCGCCACCGCCGGGGCCGCCGCAGCCGCAGCAGCCGCCAGCUCUGCACGCCCUGCACCCUCCGCGGCCCUUCAUGCAGAAACCACUCCACCUGUGGAACAAGUACGACGUCGGGGACUGGUUAGAGAGCAUCAACCUGGUGGAGCACCGUGACAAGUUUGAGGACCACGAGAUAGAGGGCACCCACCUGCCCGCCCUCACCAAGGAGGACUUCGUGGAGUUGGGGGUGACCAGGGUCGGGCACCGGAUGAACAUUGAGAGGGCGCUCAAGCAGCUGGUAGACAGCUGACCGUGCCCCAGGGCCACCAUCACGGGCAGUACCACGGGGUGGGGGGUUUCUACCAGACCAA